AUGACGUCGCGAACGACCGCGCGCGAGGCGUCGCGGGGCGACGUCGAGGCGCUGAAGGCGUUCAUAGACGCCGUGCGCGCGGGAACGAGCGCGGAUGUUCGACGGGCGAGCGCCGCCUUCGCCGACGGCGCCUCCAUCGUUCCCACGAUCGCCGACGGCGAUGGACGCAAGGUUUUACACGCCGCGGCGGAGCGAGGAGACGUGGACGUGGUGAAGACGCUGGUGAGCGAGUUUGGGUGCGAACCGGACGCGCGAGACGCGGAGGGGUUCACCGCGCUCAUGACGGCGUGCGCGAGCGGACGGGAAGACGCGGCGCGGGCGUUGAUCGAACUCGGGGCGGACGCGAGGGCGAAGACGGCGAGCGGGGCGUCGUGCGUGCAUCAUGUCGUCAUGGGCGCGCACGCCCGAGGGAUCGGUGGAGAUAAGGCGAAGUGCGCGGCGGCGUUGAAGACGUUGACGAGCGGACGGUACGGGUUGACAAUGUCAGAGGCGGUGGAGCAGCGGUGUUCGCAAGUCGGAACGCCGUUGCUGGUGGCGGCCAUGCGCGGAAGCUCGGGAAUGAUUGAGGCAUUGCUCGAACACGGCGCGAAGUACGAUGCCAGGUUGGACGCAGGCGUGGCCGCUGUGGCGCUCGCGUGCGCGAGCGGAGACGUCCGAAGCGUGGAGGUGCUCGUCGCAGCGGGAGCGGACGUGAACGCGGGUCCAGAAGGGAACAUGAGCGCCUUACACAUCGCCGCCGCGCAUCCCGCGACGGAGAGCUGCGCGGAGGUCAUGGUGGCCGCACUCUUGCGAGGUGGCGCGAACGCCGACGCUGAGGACUCGAGCGGGAUGAAGGCCAUUCACGCCGCCGCUGCGACGAGGCGCCAAGGCGUCGUCGAAGCGCUUCUUCCGGUGACGAAACCCGACGAUUCGGGCGAGUGGAAUGCUAGUGCUAUUAUAUCGCGCGUCGCCGCCAAGCUGGCGGCGAUGCAACGCGAUGAGCAGACGGGUAAAGACUCAAAUGGCUCCGGCUCGGGCACCAAGGACGGAGCUGACAAGUUUGUGACGCGCGACGCGGUCGCGGCCGCAAAAACCAAGCGAGAGGGCAACGAGGCGUUCGUAGCUGGUAAGUACGAAGAUGCAGUGCGUCUAUACUCCGAAUCGCUCGCGCAAGACGGAUCCUGUGCGAAAACUUGGGCCAAUCGCGCGGCGGCGCGUCUCAAGCUGCGCAAGUUUGCCGACGCGCUAGACGACGCCAGGGCGUCUCGAACGCUCGAUCCGAUGUUCAUCAAGGCGUGGUAUCGCGAGGGUGAGGCGGCGCUCGAGCUCGAAGAAUAUGAAGAUUCCGCGCUCGCAUUUUUUGAGGGAUUGCAAGUAGACGGCGACAACGCCGACUUGAAGCGAAUGUUUGAAGUCGCCAUCGCGCGAGGCAGAGCCGCCGCUGCGAAGACAAAGUGA